AUGCAACCCAAUUUUGUAAUGGCCUCUCCUCACACAGAAGCAAAUGCAAAAGCUGCCCUUGACUUUUUCCUGAAGUUGAGCAAGGAUGAGCGCUGUGAAAGCAUCAUGUUCUCUCCUGUAAAUUUGGCAGUCGCCUUGAAAGUCCUCCUUUCUGGGGCCAGGGGCCACACAGCUGAUGAACUGCAAAAGGAUGCUACUGAAUAUGAAUGUGAGCUGCCCGAAGGUAGCCAUAAGGAGUUCCACAAAAUCCUUGCUCAGCUUGACAAACCGAGCAGAAACUACGAGCUGAGCUUUGCCAAUCAACUCUACGGAGACAAGUCUGUUGCUUUUGUCCAGCAAUUCCUGUUCUGUGCAUUGAAGCAGUAUCUGACGGAGGUAGACGGUGUUGACUUUCACAAGGCUCCAGAAGAGGCCAGAAAGCUGAUAAACUUAUGGGUUGAAGUCCGGACACAUGGCAAAAUCCAGGACCUGCUGCCGGAGUUCAAUGAUGAGAUUACAUGCCUGAUUGAUCUGCUUCUGGUGAACUCCCUCUACUUCAAAGGACAAUGGGAAGUCCAGUUUGACAAGGAGCUCACGAAAGAAAGCUCCUUUUACUUGAACGAGAGAGAAACAAAAACUGUGGAGCUGAUGCAUAGAAGAGGCCACUAUAAAAUGGGAACAGUUGAAAGCUCUCAGGUCCAGUUCCAAGUGCUCGAGAUCCCCUAUAAAGAUCACGAACUGAGUGUGUUCAUACUGCUGCCCAAAGACUACAACCCCAAUUCUCUUCAACAGCUGGAAGAGGACCUUACCUAUGAGAAGUUAUUAGAGUGGACCUCUGAAACCUGCCUGAAGGUGAAAGAGGUAGACGUGGCCAUCCCCAAGACCAGGCUUGAGAUGAGCACCCCAGCCCUCAAAUUCUUGGAAGCUCUGGGCCUGAAUAAUGUCUCCAAUCCUGAAAAAGCCGAUUUGUCUGGAAUUACAACAACCGAAAUGGUGGCUGUGAGUGAGAUUGUGCAUGGAGUUGCCUUAGAGAUGGAUGAAGAUGGUGGAGGGGAAGCACCGCAUUGCCCCAGAGAUAGGCACCCAGUGAGCCGGGCAGAUGUGCAGUUUGUGGCCGACCAUCCUUUUCUUUUCUUUAUACUACACAAAUUCACCAACAGCAUCCUGUUCUUGGGUCGAUUUGCAGAACCGGAAGAAAACACAGCUUGCCAUUAA